GCAUUGUGUCCGUCGUUGCAUUGAAGAAGAAGACUGCAGGGGUGGACUCCUUCCUUCCUUCCUUGCUCUUCUUAUUCUUCUUCUUCUCCGCCGGCCGGCCGCCCGCCGUCUCUGCUUGAUUUGAUUCACCCAUUCCAUUCCAUUCCGUUCGUCGGGCAAGAAGAAGAAGAAGAAGAAGAAGAAGAAGAAGAAGAAGAAGAAGAAGAAGAAGAAAAGAUGCUGCCUUGGCUCUUCAGCCGCAAGGGCGCCUCGGGCUUCUCCUGGGCAUCCACCGCCGACCAGGUCACCGCCGGCAUCUCCGCCGCAGGGCUCACCGCAAUAGUCACCGGUGCGUCGAGCGGGAUCGGCGCGGAGACGGCUCGGGUGCUGGCGGCGCGCGGGGCGCACGUCGUCAUGGCCGUCCGCAACCUCUCCGCCGCAGAGGCCGUGCGGCAGGCCGUCCUGGCGGAGACCCCCGCCGCCAGCCUUGACCUGAUGGAGCUGGACCUCUCCUCCCUGGCAUCCGUCCGCAAGUUCGCCGUCGACUUCGCCGCCAGGGGCCUCCCCCUCAACAUCCUCAUCAACAACGCAGGGGUAAUGGCGACUCCUUUCACCCUCUCAAAGGAUGGCAUCGAGAUGCAGUUUGCAACCAACCAUGUCGGGCAUUUUCUUUUGACACAUCUUCUGCUGGAGACCAUGAAGAAGACCUCUCGUGAAUCAAACGUGCAAGGAAGAAUUGUUAAUGUUUCGUCAGAGGGGCACAGGUUUGCAUACAAGGAAGGCAUCCGUUUUGCCAAACUGAAUGAUGAGGAAGAGUAUAGCACCAUCGCAGCAUAUGGGCAGUCAAAGCUUGCCAACAUCUUACACGCCAAUGAACUUGCCAGGAGGUUUAAGGAAGAGGGUGUUAACAUCACUGCAAACUCUCUGCAUCCUGGAUCUAUCAUCACGAACCUUCUUCGCCACCACAGCAUCAUAGAUGUUCUCCAUCGGACGCUUGGUAAACUGGUGCUGAAGAACGCUAAACAGGGGGCUGCGACGCAGUGCUACGUGGCGCUGCACCCGGACGCGAAGGGGGUGUCGGGGAAGUACUGGAGCGACAGCAACCUGUACGAGCCGAGCGACAAGGCCAAGGACGCAGAGCUGGGGAAGAAGCUGUGGGACUACACCCUCGACCUCGUCGUAGCCUGAUAUACUCUGCUCUACUCGUGUAAUUGUAAUGUAAUGUACACAAGAGACUUUGAGAGACUAGUCGACGGUAGUUGUAGCAAAAUACUACUCCUGUAGAGAGGAAGGAAUUGAGGUCUCUGAAUUGAAGUGUGGUGGGAUGGGAGGGAAUGGAAGGGUAUGCUGCUGCUGCACCAAGAAAGAAAUGAAAUUUUUGUUAUCUUGUGA